CAGCAGCAGCAGCAGCAGCAGGGGCCCCCCGACCCCCAAGGGCUCCCUCCGAAAGUUCCUGGAGCAACUCUCCGGAGCUGGCAAGGCCAUCGGCGUGCUGACCAGCGGCGGGGAUGCCCAAGGCAUGAAUGCUGCUGUCCGGGCCGUCGUGCGCAUGGGGAUAUAUGUGGGCGCCAAGGUGUACUUCAUCUAUGAGGGCUACCAGGGCAUGGUGGAUGGCGGCAGCAACAUUGUGGAAGCCGACUGGGAGAGCGUCUCCAGCAUCCUGCAAGUGGGAGGGACCAUCAUCGGCAGUGCCCGCUGCCAGGACUUCCGUUCUCGGGAAGGCCGCCUGAAGGCCGCGUGUAACUUGGUUCAGCUGGGCAUCACCAGCCUGUGUGUGAUUGGCGGGGAUGGCAGCCUCACCGGGGCCCACAUCUUCCAGACAGAGUGGAGCGGGCUGCUGGGAGAGCUGGCCCGAGACGGCAAGAUCACCACAGAGCAGGUGCAGAAGCACGGGCACCUCAACGUGGUGGGGAUGGUGGGCUCCAUCGACAACGAUUUCUGCGGCACCGACAUGACCAUCGGCACGGACUCAGCCCUACACCGCAUCAUCGAGGUGGUGGACGCCAUCAUGACGACCGCCCAGAGCCACCAGCGGACUUUCGUCCUGGAGGUGAUGGGGAGACACUGCGGGUACCUGGCCCUGGUGAGCGCCCUGGCCUGCGGGGCCGACUGGGUCUUCCUUCCCGAGUCCCCACCGGAGGAAGGCUGGCAGGAAAACAUGUGCAUCAAGCUCUCAGAGAACCGUGCCCGGAAGAAAAGGUUGAACAUCAUCAUUGUGGCCGAAGGGGCCAUCGACACCCAGAACAAACCUAUCACCUCGGAGCAGAUCAAGGAGCUCGUGGUCACGCAGCUGGGCUACGACACGCGAGUGACCAUCCUUGGACACGUGCAGAGAGGAGGGACGCCGUCAGCCUUUGACCGGAUUCUGGCCAGCCGCAUGGGGGUGGAGGCCGUGGUUGCCCUCCUGGAGGCCACCCCCGAGACCCCAGCCUGUGUAGUGUCACUGAGCGGGAACCAGGCGGUGAGGCUGCCACUGAUGGAGUGCGUACAGAUGACCCAGGAGGUACAAAAGGCAAUGGAUGAGAGGAGAUUUAAGGACGCCGUGCAACUCCGAGGAAGGAGCUUCGAGAACAACCUUAACACCUACAAGCGGUUGGCCAUCAAGUUGCCGGACUCCGAGAUCCCAAACAGCAACUGCAAUGUGGGCGUCGUGAAUGUGGGUGCGCCCGCCGCCGGCAUGAAUGCAGCCGUGCGCGCCGCCGUGCGUGUGGGCAUCUCUGAGGGACACAAGAUGUUCGCCGUGUAUGAUGGAUUCGAGGGCUUCGCCAAAGGCCAGAUAAAGGAAAUUGGCUGGGGAGAUGUCGGAGGCUGGACGGGCCAAGGCGGCUCCAUCCUUGGGACAAAACGCACUCUCCCUGGGAAGUACCUGGAGGACAUCGCGGCGCAGAUGCGAACCCACAGCAUCAACGCACUCUUGAUCAUUGGUGGAUUCGAGGCCUACCUGGGGCUGCUGGAGCUGUUGGCCGCCCGGGAGAAGCACGAGGAGUUCUGUGUCCCCAUGGUCAUGGUCCCUGCCACCGUCUCCAACAACGUGCCCGGCUCCGACUUCAGCAUCGGGGCGGACACCGCCCUCAACACCAUCACUGAUACAUGUGACCGCAUCAAGCAGUCGGCUAGCGGGACCAAGCGGCGCGUGUUCAUCAUCGAGACCAUGGGCGGCUUCUGUGGCUACCUGGCCAACAUGGGGGGACUGGCGGCUGGCGCAGAUGCUGCCUACAUCUUCGAGGAGCCCUUCGACAUCCGGGACCUGCAGUCCAACGUGGAGCACCUGACGGAGAAGAUGAAGACCAGCAUCCAGAGGGGGCUCGUGCUCAGGAAUGAGAACUGCAGCGAGAACUACACCACCGACUUCAUCUACCAGCUCUACUCCGAGGAGGGCAAAGGCGUGUUCGACUGCAGGAAGAAUGUGCUGGGCCACAUGCAGCAGGGUGGGGCGCCUUCUCCGUUUGACAGAAACUUUGGAACCAAAAUUUCCGCCAGAGCCAUGCAGUGGAUCAGCUCGAAGCUGAGGGAGUCUGCAGGGAAAGGAAAAAAAUUUUUAAGUGACGACUCUGUGUGUGUGCUGGGAAUCAGCAAGAGAAAACUGCUCUUCCAGCCCGUGGCGGAACUGAAGAAGGAGACAGACUUUGAGCACCGGAUCCCCAAGGAGCAGUGGUGGUUGAAGCUGCGGCCCCUCAUGAAGAUCCUGGCCAAGUACAAGGUCAGCUUCGAGGUGUCAGAUGCCAGCCAGCUGGAGCCUGUGCAGCCCCGGGGCCCCGAGGAGCCGGCCGCCAUCUAG